AUGUACAUGGACCCGCGCCGCGACCCGGACGCGCCGCUCGGCGACUCCAGCUGGAGCGACCUCGAGUACUGCAAGAGCACCGAGAACUGGUACUGCUACGCAAAGUCAAUCACGGAGCAGGGCGCGUGGGAGGCCGCGCGGGCGCGGGGGCUGGACCUGGCGGUGGUCAUCCCGGUGGUGGUGCUCGGCGAGCUGCUGCAGCCCAGCAUGAACACCAGCACCCUGCACAUACUCAAGUACCUCACUGGGCAGACCAAGGAGUACGUCAACAAAUCGCAUGCCUACGUGCACGUCAAGGACGCUGCCGAGGCGCACGUCAGGGUGCUCGAGGCGCCUGGCGCCGGCGGGCGGCGGUACGUCUGCGCCGAGCGCACUCUGCACCGCGGCGAGCUCUGCCGCAUGCUCGCCGGACUCUUCCCGGAGUAUCCUAUUCCGACAAGAAAUCAAAGGAAGGCAAUAGUGGACUGCUCCAAAAUUGAACUUCUGCACAGUAAUAUGAAGAAAUCAAUGGUCAAGGGGGUUUAUGAGUAA